UCCUCACCUGGUACCAGCUUUAGUACCUUCCCAUUAAGCGGGGAAAGAAGAUAUGGCUUCCACGGUUGGUGUGGGUUGUCUGUGCAGAAGUUCAGAACAAGGUCUGGUGACUGGCGAGAGGAGACCAUGAGAUGUUUUGCCGCCCGGUUUCUUACGACGCAAGUGUGAAACCACAAACCAGGCAGCAAAGGCGCCAGGGAGAGAUAUCAUUGCACACAAUUAUGUAUGCGAUUUACAGGGGACCACUGGGCCUAUAUAUUUUACUACCGCGCGCUUGCGCUCCUCGAUCCGGAAUUACAAUGGGAAUUUUCUUAGAUGGCGUCGGCCAGUUCUGACCGGACUUGUUUUCUAGCCGGAAGAAGUGGAAUUACUACGAGUCCAGCAGCCGAAGAGGGAGGGAAAUUGUGGUGUCCUAUUGCACCAUACCAGCAUGCACUUGCUUGACCAGCCGACACCUCAGUUAUUCUAGGAUCUUGAUCGAUAGAGAAACGGGCGAGCUUUUAGCAUUAGCACGCUCCCAAGAGAUUACAGUUCGAUGACCAGACGCUGGUACGGUGUUAACCUUGUAAACGCGCCGCAGGCAGGCAGGCACGGCAUCCUUUUCCUGGCCGAGUCCCGACGAGAACACCAGCCGGGCUCAGCGGCAGGCUGCCGAUUGCCAGCGAGUCCCACUGCGAUCGGUCCAAGAGUGCACCAAUUGACGCGCAGCUGACUACACGGCAGUACGGCAGCAGCACCAGACCAUCCCGGUAAAACCCAUCCCCCUUCUCCUGUCUCGUCAGUUGGCCUGUUGCUCUCAAAGAGACGGAACGGGAGAUCAAAGGAUAACCAAUUACUACCAAAACAGCGGCUUAGGAACCCACGUACCUGCUGCCGCCUCACCUAUCCCCAUCACCAGCUUCGUUCCGAUCGGCAAUUCGUUGGUGGCGGUGUUAUUUUGGGGCUUGUCCUUGGCAGCUUGGUAAAACGACCCAAUUUAAGCUCGAUCCCGGGAAGUUCAACUGUUCAAGCCGCUCGGACCCGCACGUUGUGCACAAUUUUGCAAGAGACCAGGCUUCUGCAGUUGCUUCGCUGCCCGUUUGAGUUUGAGUUUUUGGUGAGCAGAGCAAGCAAUAGGAAGAGAGAUGGGGGAGGGGACGAAGACGAUGCUGGCGAAACCGAUCAAGCUCGCGGACCAUGUGGCGAAGCAGGCCGGUUCCGGGCAGUGCUUCCGGCCAGAGUGCAAGGAGCUGCGCGCGCGCGCCGAGAAGCUGGCUGCGGCGCUGCGGCAGGCGGCGCGCGCCGAGCUGUACGAGCGCCCCGCCGAGCGCAUCGUGGCCGGCACCCUGCAGGCGCUGGCCAAGGCCGACGCCAUGGCGGCCAGGUGCUUCGAGAGCCACUCCCGCCUCCGCCGCUUCCUGACCUUCAACCCGGUCAACGGCUUCCCGCGCACCUUCGCGCUGCUCGACACCGCGCUCGAGGACAUCGCCUGGCUCAUCCGCAUCUCGUCCCCACGCGCCGAAGCCGCCGAUGCCGAAGACGGCGAGGACGCCGACCUGCGCGGCCUGCCCAACAUCGCGCAGAACGAACCCAUACUCUUCAUCAUCUGGGACCACAUCGCGCGGCUCCACACCGGCAGCCUCGCCGUGCGGGCGGACUCGGCCUCCACCCUGGCCUCCCUCGCUCGAGACAACCCGCACUUCGCCAAGCUCAUCGUCGAGGAGGACGGCGUGGCGCCCCUCGUCAGGCUGCUCAAGGAAGGCACCGAUGACGGGCAGGAGGCUGCCGCCACGGCGCUCGGGUUCCUUGGCCGCGACGAGAGGAGCGUCGAGAAGCUCCUCCAUGCCGGGGUGUGCUCGGUCUACGCGGCCGCGUUGAAGGAGCCGCCGAUGCGCGUCCAGGCCGCGGUCGCCGAGGCCAUCGCGUCGCUCGCGCACCACAGCCAGAUAUGCCAGGACUUGUUCGCGCAGAACAACACGGUUCGGCACCUCGUCAGUCACCUCGUCGCCGGUACCAUCCAGGAGCACAGCAGGUACUCUGUCGGCGGAAGCAGCAGUACCCGGAGCAAGCCUCCGUCGCCGGCGCCGCCGGAGCCCAUGACGUCGCUUCACUCUGUUGUGCUGGCCAGCACGCCCAGCAUGCUCCCAGGAGUCUCUACUUACUCUGCGAACGACCGGCCGAGCUCGUCGCAAGCUGCAGGCAACAACCAGACGACGUCGACGAUGACCCGAGUCACGCCUUCACCCGGCAGGCCCCAACUGAGCUCAAACGGUUCGAGCGGCCGUGGAUCGCGCGAGACCGAGGACCCUGCCACCAGGGCGCUCAUGAAGGCCACGGCGGCGAAGGCUCUGUGGAAGCUCGCCCGCGGCCAUCCGGGAGUCUGCAAAAGCAUUACAGAGUCUCGCGGGCUCCUCUGCUUCGCCAGGCUGCUCGAGACGGGCGACAGCGGCGCGGGCACGCAUCUCCGGUUCUACUCAGCAAUGGCGAUCAUGGAGAUCACCCGUGUCGCCGAGCACAACCUCGCAUUGCGGCAGUCUGCGUUCAAGCCCAGCUCGCCGGCAGCCAAGGCAGUGGUGGAGCAGCUGCUCUGCAUUGUGCGCAAGGGAGACUACGACGAGCUGCUGCUCCCAUGCAUCAGUUCCCUGGGCUGCUUAUCGCGCACGUUCACGGCAAGCGAGACCCGCGUGAUUGGCCCGCUGGUGCGGCUGCUGGACGACCGCGAGCCACCGGUCACCAAGGAGGCCGUGGUGGCGCUCACCAAGUUCGCGUGCAAGGAGAACCACCUGCACGAAAACCACUGCAGGGCCAUCGUCGACGGCGGCGGGGCAAGACACCUCGUUCAGCUCGUGUACCUUGGCGACCAGCUGCAGAUCGAGGCGCUCAUACUGCUCUGCUACGUCGCGAUGCAUUUCCCGGAGAGCGAGGAGGUCGCGCAGGCUGGGGUGCUGGCCGUGCUCCUGUGGGCGUCGAAGCAGGUGCAAUUGGUGCAGGACUUGCGCGUCGAGGCACUGCUGACGGGGGCCAAGGCUCAGUUGGAUCUCUUCCAGUCCAGGGGAUCUACCGUAUAGGUGAACUGGGGAUGGUCGAUGUCGGCACCAGCAAUAUUCACCGGAGGAGUUGGGUAAAAAAAAAGUAGUAUUAGAGCAGAUUUAUGUCUAUGUUCUUUGCUGAUUCCAGAUUCGAAUUGUGUUCAUUGGUAGAGUGUACAUAUCAUUCACCAUUCUGCUUGUCUUCAAGGAAAUGGUAGAGACAGCUGUAACUUGUUCUUGAGGCAUUUGUGCAGAUCAUUUCUUAUGCACGAUGCUGAACUGACAAAAAAUAGGUGCUUGUACAGGCACAAUAAUUCCUCCGUUUCAAAACAGUUCUUAUUAUGUGUGCAAUCGACGCUAAAACAAUUGA